AUGGGAGAUCAAUCGUUGACCAAAGCAGACUUACAGGGUUUUACCGAGGCUAUUACCACGGCUCUGACUGCUUUGACCAAUCAGAUGACGAUUUUGACAACUGAGAUCAGAAACACUAACAACAACAAUAACCAGCAAAGAGGCAGAGAAGGAGAACAAGUGGUGUUUAACGAAAAUCAGCAAAGAGGCAGAGAAAGAGAACCGGCUAGGCUUAACGAAAAUCAGCAGAGAAACCAGGGAAGAGGAAUCCCAAGAGUGGAAAACAAUCGUGUUAUUAUCAAUGAAAAUUCAAGUUCUGAUGAAGAGGAAUUUGUGGAAGAAGAAGUUGAGCAAAGGAAUCGACAGAAUAAUCACGAUUACCGCGUAAAGGCUGACAUUCCAUUAUUUUAUGGAACUAUUGGAGUUGAGGAUUUUCUAGACUGGCAAAUCAGUGUUGAUAGAUUCUUUGAAGUCAUGGGCGUUCCUGAAAACAAGCAGGUUAAGAUGGUAGCGAUCAGGCUGAAGAGUACUGCUGCUGUGUGGUGGGAUAAACUUGUUAUUCAGAGGCAAAGACAAAGAAAAGGGCCAGUCAAAACAUGGAGGCGAAUGAAGCAGCUCAUGAUGGAAAGGUUCUUACCGGAGGACUAUGAACAGAUUCUCUAUAAGAUGUAUAUUGAAUGUGUUCAAGGAAAGAGGACCGUGACAGAGUAUACGGCAGAGUUCUUGCGAUUCUCUGAGCGUAAUGACCUAGGAGAGACAGAAAAUCAGAAAGUGGCAAGAUACAUCAGUGGGUUAAAGAGUUCUAUACAAGAGAAGAUGGGUUUGCAAACUGUAUGGACAGUGCAAGAGGCUUCUAGUCUAGCUUUGAAAGCUGAGUUAAUGGAAAAAUCUCCUCGUAAUUUUACUCCGUUUAGAAGAUACUCAUCCCAAAAUAAUUCUGAAUUAACCGGAGAUAAGGAGAAGAGUGUAGUGUCAAAGGAUGCUAAUCUUGGUAACAAAGGAGCUGGUAGUUCUAACAAUGGUUCUAAUAAUGUUCAGCAGAGCAAAACACCAAUCCAAAGGCAAGGUAAUAAUUAUGUGAGACCAUCUAUCGACAAGUGUUACCGUUGUCAAGGGCAAGGUCACAAAUCAAAUGUUUGUCCAAGCAGGAGAACUCUAGCUUACCUAGAGGAAGAAGAAGAACAUGAAGAAGAGGAUAAUGAGUAUGAAGGAGUUGAGUUUGCUGAAGAAGAAUCGCAUGAAAGGGUGAAUUGUGUACUACAAAGAAUCUUGUUGUCAUCCAAAGAAGAGGGGCAACGCAAGAAUUUGUUUCGAACACACUGCACUGUUCGAGAUAAAGUGUGUAACCUGAUUGUGGAUAAUGGUUGUACCGAGAAUUUAGUUUCUCAGAAGCUAGUUGAUCAUUUUAAGCUACCUACAGAGCCACAUGAGAAGCCAUACGCUCUAGGUUGGGUUACCAAGGGUACCCAAGCUCAAGUAGCACUAACUUGCAAAGUUCCUAUCUCCAUUGGGAAGCACUAUAAAGAAGAGGUACUUUGUGAUGUUCUUGAUAUUGAUGUUUGUCAUAUUUUACUUGGUCGACCUUGGCAGUAUGAUAAUGAUGUUACAUAUCGAGGACGGGAUAACGUGUUGAUGUUUACAUGGGGUGUACACAAGAUUGCAAUGGCUCCUGUUUUACACUUUCAUAAGGAUUCAGUAAAGAAAAAGUCUAGUUUCUUGGUGUUGACGCAUAGUGAAAAGGAGCUAGAUGAAUCCUUUAAAGAGACUAACUGUUUAUGUCCGGUGGUGAUCAAAGGAUUAAUGAGUGCUGUGAAAGAAGAGGUGGCAAUUCCCGAAGAUGUGCUAGAAAUUUUAGAAGAGUUCAAGGAGUUGAUAGCAGAUGAAUUACCAAAUGAUUUACCUCCCAUGCGAGAUAUUCAACAUCAGAUCGAUCUGAUUCCGGGAUCUAGCUUACCAAAUCUUCCUCAUUACCGUAUGAGUCCUAAGGAGAAUGAGAUCUUGAGAGAGCAGAUUGAAGAUUUGUUGAAGAAAGGAUUCAUUCGUGAAAGUAUGAGCCCAUGUGCAGUUCCAGUCCUUCUUGUUCCUAAGAAAGGAAAUCAAUGGCGGAUGUGUGUUGAUAGUAGAGCUAUUAACAAGAUAACUAUCAAGUAUAGGUUUCCGAUUCCUCGAUUGGAAGAUAUGCUUGAUGAAUUAACAGGUUCUAAGGUGUUUUCGAAGAUAGAUCUUCGUAGUGGAUAUCAUCAGAUCAGAAUCAGACCCGGAGAUGAAUGGAAGACAGCUUUCAAAAGUAAAGAUGGAUUGUAUGAAUGGCUAGUGAUGCCUUUUGGGUUAUCAAAUGCACCUAGUACUUUUAUGAGGCUAAUGAAUCAGGUUCUUCGCCCCUUCACAGGUUCUUUUGUGGUCGUUUAUUUUGAUGAUAUUUUGAUAUACAGUAAAACCAAAGAGGAGCACUUAGAGCACGUGAAGCAAGUGUUGCAAGUUCUACAAGAGAACCAGUUGUUCGUUAAUUUGAAGAAGUGUGUAUUUAGCACCAACAAGUUGCUAUUUUUAGGAUUUGUUGUUGGCGAGGAUGGAAUUCAAGUUGAUGAAGAUAAAGUGAGAGCUAUCAGGGACUGGCCUACACCUCAUUCGGUUACGGAAGUACGCAGUUUUCAUGGUCUAGCUACUUUCUACCGGAGAUUCAUCAGAGAUUUCAGUACUAUUACUGCUCCUAUUACCGAGUGUUUGAAGAAAGGUAAAUUUUACUGGGGUAAUGAGCAAGAGAAAAGCUUCGCCUUAAUCAAAGAGAAGCUUUGUACUGCACCCGUUCUAGCAUUACCUGACUUCGAUAAGGUGUUUCAAGUUGAAUGUGAUGCUAGUGGAGUAGGCAUAGGAGCUGUUUUGUCACAAGAGAAGAGGCCGGUUGCAUUUUCAGUGAGAAAUUGAGUGAAGCUCGCCAAAAGUGGAGCACAUAUGAUCAAGAAUUUUAUGCUGUAUUUAGAGCUCUAAGACAGUGGGAGCACUAUCUAGUACAGAGGGAGUUUAUCUUGUUCACCGACCAUCAGGCUUUGAAGUUCUUACACAGUCAGAAAGUGAUCAAUAAGAUGCAUGCUCGAUGGGUAAGUUUUCUGCAGAAAUUCCCUUUUAUUAUUCAACAUAAAUCAGGGACUCUUAACAAGGUCACGGAUGCUUUAAGUAGAAGAGCUUCUUUGCUAACAACCUUAGCACAUGAAAUUGUUGGAUUUGAGUUCUUGAAAAAAUUGUAUGAGAGUGAUAUUGAAUUCAAGGAGUUAUGGGCCAAGUGUAGUGGAAAGCGUCCUUGUGCAGAUUUCCACAUUCGAGAGGACUAUCUUUUUAAAGGUGAUCGGUUAUGUAUUCCUUGCUCGUCUUUAAGAGAGAAAUUAAUUCGGGAUCUUCAUGGUGGUGGUCUUAGCGGUCAUUUGGGUAGAGAUAAGACCAUUGCUAGCUUAGAGGAAAGGUAUUACUGGCCACAUCUAAGAAGAGACGCAGGGACUAUUGUCAAAAGGUGUUAUAUCUGUCAGGUUUCUAAAGGUCAGUCUCAAAAUACUGGUCUUUAUAUGCCUUUACCUAUUCCGGAUGAUAUUUGGCAAGAUUUGGCUAUGGAUUUUGUGUUGGGAUUGCCCCGUACGCAACAAGGUGUGGAUUCUGUGUUCGUGGUAGUUGACAGGUUCUCUAAAAUGACUCACUUUAUUGCUUGCAAGAAGACUGCUGAUGCGUCAAAUAUAGCCAAACUAUUUUUCAGAGAGAUCGUGCGUCUUCACGGGGUUCCUAAAUCGAUUACUUCAGAUAGGGAUACAAAGUUUCUCAGUCAUUUCUGGAUUACUCUUUGGAAGAUGUUCGGAACAGCUUUAAAUAGAAGUUCUACAGCUCAUCCACAAACUGAUGGACAGACUGAAGUAACCAACAGAACUUUGGGGAAUAUGAUUCGGAGUAUUUGUGGAGACAAGCCAAAACAGUGGGAUUUAGCUCUACCUCAAGUAGAAUUUGCUUACAACAGUGCUGUACAUUCUGCGACAGGGAAAUCACCUUUUUCUCUAGUGUAUACUUCUGUUCCUAAGCAUGUGGUUGAUUUGAUUAAGUUGCCAAAGGCUCCUGGAGUAAGUGCAUCAGCUGAAACUAUGGCUGAAGAGAUUUUAGCUGUUAAGGAAGCUGUCAAGGCUAAGUUAGAGGCUACCGAGAUGAAGAACAAGGUCGCUGCUGAUAAACGUCGGAGGUUCAAAGUUUUCAAAGAAGGUGAUGAUGUGAUGGUGUUCCUUCGUAAAGAGAGAUUUCCAGUUGGUACGUACAACAAGCUGAAGCCUCGCAAGUAUGGCCCGUUCAAGGUGUUACGGAAGAUCAAUGAUAAUGCUUAUGUUGUGGCCCUCCCGGAAUCGAUGAACAUUUCCAAUACCUUUAAUGUAGCUGACAUUCAUGAGUAUCAUGCAGAUGAAGUCCUUUAUCCAGAAGAGAACUUGAGGACAAGUUCUUCAGAGGUGGAGGAGACUGACGUAGGAGGGACUUAGUUUUAGUAGUUUUACUUUUCCUUUGAUAUUUCCUUAUUUCCAUUUCUAUUUUGCUUAGAGUUUUCUAUUUUAUGUUUUGGUUUCUUCUCUAUAUAAAGAGAGAUCCUAGGUUAUUUGCAAGACAGUUUUAUCAUUCUAAUUAAUAAAAGCAGAGAGCUUUUCUCUAA